GCGUAAGGAAGAAAAUGGGGUGCGCCCCGGUCGCACUGUCGCUUCAGUGCGACCCCAUCCGCGAUGCCGUUGCGCUGCAAUCUGACGGUGAUGCACAACGGCUCAGCUCCCUCGGAUCGGCUUCCGUGGGCACCCCAUCUCGGCGUCCUCGGCUCGGCUUUCCUCCGACGUCGAGUGAGCGCGAGCCUCCGCUCCACUUCUUCUCCAAUCGAAGCCUGGCGGCGGCGGAGAAGUCCACCCCCUCACGCGACUCGUCCCCACUCCGUGCCUCCCUCCCUCUCGUCGAGGUGCAGCCGCCUCGACCAGCCAGCAGCGGCGAGGGGCUGUGACGCUUCCAUGCCGAAGAUGGCAUUCCAAUCGUCUUCGCGUGACUCCUUCACUGGUGCCGCAUACGCUGCCGUCGCAAUCAACGAUUCCCUCUCUCCUUUGCAACAUCUGGGGUUUAUGCUCAGAAAACAAGUGUUUCUGCUAUCAUGUUUAAGCAGAGAAGACUACCUGCAUCAUUCUGGUAUACAAACUUCACCAAUCAAAGAAAUAAUGCGAUCAACGACAUUGCAAUCAGAUUUCAAACAGAUCACCCACAAACAGCUCCUCUAAUAUGAAGUAGAAGAUUUAAGACUUCUUUGCCCUCUGUCUAUGUGUUCAUAUGCCUAAGUUUCUGUUGAAAAUGUUGCAACCUCUGGCUGCUGAAGAUGGUAAAGCUCAAUUACAAAAUGGUGUGCAGUUUCUGUUGAAAAUGUUGCAAAAUCAAUGAUAGACAAAAGCAGCAAUGAAACCUCUUGGGCCAGUCUAGAUGAUAUUGGUGAAGAUUUAUUUUUCUUGUGCCAGCAGCUGUGAAGAGUGUAGAUAGUUGGAGUGUCUUUUGGGAUUUUGGGUUAACGGGAAUACAAGGUUGUACUACUAGAGAAGACUGAUGUGUAUGGAUGUUUUGAAAUCUGCAGCGGAAUGGAUGUCUUAAUAAUCUGAUUGUUGCCUGAAAUGUAUUGUGAACUAUUGACUUGGAUCCUUCCUAACGGCAGAGUGUAUAUAUCCAGCAAUGCAACAGAAAUUUGUGGCCUAAAAUAUAUGGUUUUAUUGCAACAGAAAUUAUUCUCAACAAUCUGUCAAUAGUUACAGGCAAAGAAGGAUCCGAGUCAAUAAUUUGUAUAGAAAUAUGUUAUAUAGGAUACACCAUUUUGAACUUGUCAUCCAUUUGAGUGAACCAUAUUAUCCAUAUCCCUUGCAAUAUUUUUUUGUCUUAAA